GUGACGCGAGAAUCGAGCUUCAAGUGACACUGCGCGAAACCAUUGGUUAUAAUGAGCUAUAAUCAUAAUGUAAUCUGGUUAUAAUCAUGCGGACCCUCAAAAUACAGUUUUUCUGAUGGAUACAGCAGAAGGGAAUCCACUGGGGCGUGUCACACUAUUCUUCGUGGAAGACAGCCUGUACUGUAAACAGGCAAGAGCUAGUCUCUUUGACCUGGGAUUGCCAGUGCAAGAGGUAGACUUAAAGCAAUAUUCAAAAUUAAGGUGCCAGCUGAAGGAACUCACUGGGUCCCACACUGUACCACAGAUUUUCUUCAAUAAAGUCCAUGUCGGUGGUAAAGAUGACCUGGACAAACUAUCUCCAAAUGAGCUGGAGCAUCUCAUGCGGCUGGUGUGGGAGGAGCCCCUGAGUUUGGAUGGCCCCCAACUGCUGGGCGACUGUCUUAACAAAGAACCUAAGGCCCAUGGGGAAGCAAACCAGCUGUCAAUGAUGCUGCAGAAUGUGAUUUUGAGACUGUACUCAGACCACCUUUCUGCAGAUGGCAAGCAGGUGGACUACAAGGCCAUCUCCCGCAGUGCAGCAUUUGAGAGCUACUGUGAGCUGACAGUGCAACUGCAGCACAUCCAGCUGCAGCAACUGAAUCAUGAGGAGAAGCUGGCUUUCUUUAUUAACAUCUACAAUGCCCUGGUCAUCCAUGGAAACUUGCACCUGGGCUCCCCAAAGAAUAUAUGGCAGAGGUACCGGUUCUUUAACUAUGUGAGCUACGUAAUUGGGGGAGAGCUGUUCACGUUGCAGGACAUUGAAAACGGGGUGCUACGGGGGAACAGAAGGGGCAUAGCACAGUUGUGGAAGCCCUUCUCUGAGAGUGACCCACGGCUCCAGGUUACUUGUGUGGCACUUCCUCAUCCAGAGCCCCUUGUUCACUUUGCCUUGAAUUAUGGUGCCAAGGGAUGCCCUCCAAUUAAAACCUACAUAGCCAAGGACAUCAAGAGUCAGCUCCAUGCUUCUGCUGAAGCCUUCCUGGAAAAUGACAACAGCUGCAUGGUUGAUGCCACUAAAGGAGAAGUUAAGCUCAGCCAGAUCUUCAAAUGGUACAAAAUGGACUUUGGAGACACUGAUGAAGAGUUACUGAACUGGAUCUUAAAUCAUAUGAGGGAAUCACCAAAGAAGUCCAGUCUUCAGACCGUAUUGGCAGCAACCAAAUACAAAGUGAGCUACAUGCCAUACGACUGGUCCACCAACAGUAUUGACUGAACUUUCAGUAUUGACAGCUUCACUGUGCGUAGAUGGGACCUCAGGUGUACCAAUUCCCAUGUAAAAGCACAGUGAGAUCUGAGAGAAAGCACAAGUCUCUCAACAGAAUAUCAGCGCCUCAGUAUCCUGCACCUUAUAUCCUGACUACGCAUUCUACAGCAGUAUGUGUGUGACUCUUAACUGUCUGUUUAAAGACAAAUAUUAACACCAUUUUUAUGGCAACAGUUAUAUAUUGAUACUGUCAUAUAUAAAUCAUUAGAAGUUCUGCUGGCUGUUGGAUUACAUUCUGAUAAUGUGUCCUGAGGUGAAGUUAAAUGAACUAUGAAAAUGAACUAUGCAGUAAUUUAAAACAACAGCUUAAUGCUGAUGUGUUUUAAUGUGUUUAAUGUAUUGCUUUUAUUUAUUUAUUAAGGCAUUUUAUUAUUCUGUAGAAUUACUGUUUGUCAAUAACUAUGGUUGUUUUCUGAUACCAGCAUGUUGGAAACCUGACACCACAUUGCCUUGUCAAACUCCAGACAACAGAUACAGCCAUGGCCUAUGUGCACAUCUACUUUAAAAUGCACCUGCUAGGUCCCCCAUAUCGCAUGCAGUACAGAAAUCUAUCAGUUGAAAAUAUAAUCCAUACGAGACAGUUUCUUAAACCAUAUUUAUAAUUUUUACUACUGUCCAGUCUGUUCCUGUGUGAAUAGGCAUUUUCACACAGAAAAGCCUCUUGUAAUUCAUUACAAUGGAAGAAAAACCUGGACAGAACAAGUUUACAAAAAAUUGGUGUAGAAUGAUAAUAGCAUGUGUUAAAUUUUCAGCAAGACUUGUUUGAAAUUUGGAGCAGUGCACUCAAAAUACAUAUUCACAGCACAUCGUAGAAAGCAACUGGAAUGUGCUGUCUGACCCUAAUGUCAGUGCAUAGUCUCUAGAGCAGGGUUCCUCAUUCCUCUUUCUGGAGAUCUACCAUCCUGCAGAGUUUCUUUUCAACAUAGCUGGCUCUACUAAUGAAAUGCUACUGAAAGACCUGAUUAUCAGGUGUGCUAAAUAAGUGUUGCAACUAAGCUUUAGGGCUGAGUCUGAAUUCAAGGGCUGCAUCCUUCUAAGGCUGCAUUUGAAGUCUGAAUACAGCAGUGCGAUAAGGCUCCUUCUAAUGUGGUCUAGAAAUGCGUCCUUCUUUUGCCAAGUCGUGAAAGAUUCACCCGAUGGGUCCUUUGCUGCCCAGCAUACCCUAAGAUUCAUUGCACAGAGAUAAAGUGGGUGUGUCCCAUCUAGGUGAUAGGAGCUGCACUUCAUGACUCAAAGGUAAGGGUGGGAACAGCUGGUGACACAAAUAGGAAAUAAUCCAUAGGCCAUACCAUCCCAUUUGACAAAGCUUUCUGUUCGAUCUUUGAAGAACAUAACUUACAAAGGCCAUGUCUUUGUAGACCAGGUCCUUCAAAUGAUGCAACACUUGAAUUUGGACAUAGCCUGGAUCUCCAGGAGUAGUAAUGAGCAGCCCUACUCUACAGCACAUUUGUCUUGCCUGUAGAUCGAUUUUGCAUGUCCUGCCACUUGUAUGUUGCAUGUUGAAUACAGGGCUCUGACUCUCACUUUGAACUUUACAGAACAUCAGACUCCCCAAGUUCCCUGUAACAGUGCCUUUAAAACUUGCUUGACAGAUCAUACCUCAGCAACACUAACCCUUGUUAACAGGUCUACGAUUUGUUACAAAUAUUAAGUAACAUUUACCGGUAUAUGACAUAUAUAUAAUAAUUUCCUUAACUGUAAUGUUCAGAGUUUACCUCAUUUCCAUUUAACAUCAGGAAUUAAAAUGUGAUGCAAUUUUUUCUAAAAUAGAAAAAAGAUGAUGAUAUUUUAUUAUUUUCCAUGGGGAAAAUAAUCAAGUAUGUUUUUGCCUAUCCCAUCUUGCUGUUUAUGAAACACAUACACAGUUGACAGAUAGUUUGGAGGUUACAUCCAGGGGUGUAACAAUGCACCGUGGUACAAUAUUUAGCAAUUCAAAAAGAUGCAAAUACACAUUGUAGGGGUAUAACAAUGCACAAUGGCACAAAAUCAUUUAUUAAUAUUAACACAUGAGGACGCAAUAAGCACAAUCUCAGUUUUGCUUUGAGAUUUUGUUUUUGCAUUUUGCACUGGACUGUAAAGAAUAAGGAAUAAACUGCAAGAGAAAAAGAAAUGGCUUGAAAACACCAUUUGUUUGUAAAUGUACAUGACUAAAUAGAAAUAAAUAAGAACCAUGAGAUUUUAGUUUUCAGUCUUAUUUUGUUGAAUAUAUUGAACUGCAUAAACUUGAUUUACAUAUGAUAAGCAAUUUGUUUAUGCCUCUCCAGAAAUAUUAAAUAUGCAAUGAGCAUUUAAAUUGA